ACAGGACAGAGUAGACUGGGUGGUGACGUAGCGACGCUCACAGGGCGGUGUUCUCACGUUUUGAAAAAGUUGACUGUGGUGCUGCUGCAUCUGGAAUACAGGACUCGCGAUUUGAGAAUCUAUAGUAGGAACUCUGAAACGGGCAGCUACGCUUUACUCUCGCUUGCUCUCUUUCGCUGUCUUGGAAUCUUUUUUUCCCUCAACACCUUGCUAGGCUAUCUAUAGGUUUCAAAAUGCUGCUCGUACUAGCUGGAGUAAUGGUCUUCCACCUUCUGAAUCUGAUCCUACUGAUAAUUUCAACAGCCGUCAAUGCUUGGAUAGUAGAUGGGGACCAGAGCAGAGACCUGUGGUACGGAUGUACUUCAAAGAAUGGAGGAUACCACUGUCAACAGUCCGUUAGCGAUGACUGGCUGCAGGCCGUGCAGGCCCUCAUGGUCCUGUCCGUACUCUUCUGCCUGCUGUCGUUCGUCUUCUUCCUCUGCCAGCUCUUCACCCUGGUCAAGGGUGGACGCUUCUACUUCACCGCCAUUUUCCAGAUCCUCGCCAGUUUGUUUGUGAUGAGCGGAGCGAUCAUCUACACGGUCAUGAACAAUGGGUCAGAGUCGAGCACCUACGGCCACGCCUACGUGCUGGCCUGGGUGGCUUUCCCCCUCACACUGAUCAGCGGACUCAUCUACAUCGUCCUGAGGAAGAAGGAGUGAGCCCCGGCCCUGAGAUAGGGGGGAGGA